AUGCGUGGCCGCGUCAGCCUCUUCGAGCCGGCCAGGAGGUCGGCGUGCGACGCCCUCGUCACCAGCCUCCGCGCGCACGCCGGCGCCGCCGCCGCCGACACGGUCACGCUGAGGCCGUUCCUGCGGCGCGCCAUGUUCGAGCUGCUGGCGUGCAUGUGCUUCGGCGCGCGGCUGGGCAAGGAGGCGAUCGACGAGAUGGAGGAGCUGCAGCACCGCAUGAUCCUGUCCUACACCACCUUCCCCGUCUUCGCCUUCUUCCCGGCGGUCACCAAGAGGCUGUUCCGCAAGCGGUGGGCGGCGUACGUCGACCUGGCGCGGAGGCUGGACGAGGUGUUCGUUCCGCUGAUCCACCCCACGCGUGGCACCGGCGGCGGUGGCAACGACGACGACCCGCCGUGCUACGCGGAAUCGCUCCGCGCGCUUCGCGUGGCCGAGGAAGGCGACCGGCCGCUCACUGACGCCGAGAUGUCGAGCCUGUGCUCCGAGUUCCUGACCGGCGGCACGGACACGACGGUGACGUUGGUGGAGUGGAUCAUGGCGGAGCUGGUGAACCGGCCCGACGUCCAAGCCAAGGUGCACGACGAGGUGAAGAACGCACCGGACGGCGACCUCCAGCAGGCGAUGCCGUACCUCAAGGCCGUCGUGCUGGAGGGCCUGAGGCUGCACCCGCCGGGCCACUUCGUUCUGCCGCACAGCGUGCGGACCGACGCGGAGAUCGGCGGCUACACCGUGCCUAUGGGCGCUGAGGUGAACUUCCUGGUCGCGGAAAUGGGGCGUGACGAGGCCGUGUGGACGGCGGCGCGCGAGUUCCGUCCGGAUAGGUUCGUGGACGGCGGCGAGGGGCGCGACGUCGACAUCACGGGGACCAAGGAGAUCAAGAUGAUGCCUUUCGGCGCCGGCCGGCGCAUGUGUCCCGGGUACGCGCUGGGCAUGCACCACGCCGAGUACUUCGUGGCCAGGUUGGUGCGGGACCUUGAGUGGCUGCCGCCAUCGGCGGAUGGCGAGGUCGUCGACAUGGCGGAGCAGAUGGAGUUCACCACCGUCAUGAAACACCCACUCCGAGCUCGCAUCGUGCCAAGGAACUGA